UUUAUAUUUAAGUUCAUUUUAAUUUGAGACCUUUUUUCUGUCAAUUCUUGAUCACUCUCUUCAUUGAUAUUUAGUCUCACAAUAUUUUUUCCAUUAUAUAUUGGUGAUUAUUUUACACUAUUCUUCUACACAGGGCUGUGUCACUGAUUUACACAAAAGCAUUCCUACACUUAUUAUAUUAUUCACCAAUCCCUGCCCCAUUUGUCUGAAUAUUUUGUUCUGCUUUUUCACUACAGCUGUACCUUAAGAAGAAGCUGGCUUUGAUCAUGUUCUACUCCUUCUCUUUUAAGUUAAUGUUUUCAGCAACAGAGCCAUUAAGUUAAUCAGUUGAGUAUUUUCCACUUCAAAUGUUAUUAAUGGAAAUUUAACAACAAAAAUUCAUACACUUAACUUUGUCUAACUGCUCAUCUUCAGAUAAUACACUGGAGAGAAAUUUUUACAGACAUCAUCUUAGCUGUUUUGUGUUAGAGAAGGUGGAAAAUGAGUGGUAAACAGGAAAAAAAGAGAGACAGAAAUGUAAGUUUAGUAUUGUAUUCUGAAGGAUUAACUAGUACUUCCCGAAGCUGAUGCAAAAUACAAUAUGCACAAAACACAAAUACCAGUCACAAAAGUAUAAUGCACAUGGUUACAUGGUUGACAGCUAAAAAGUAGAUUUAAAGCAAAAUGAUUUACUUGUGCUUUGUAAAGGGGAUUAAAAAAAGAGACAGAAUGCUUGCAGCCUUGGUGGAAGCGCUCCUCAGAUUUGUGUAUUUGAGGGUGAUUGGUUCAUUGGCUGGGUACUGUUGAAAAUAUGGUAAUUCUCUCCUGGAUAUAGUGGCACAAGUUGGAUAGCCAAUGAACUCAUUGCUCUUGUAUAUUCUCCUCCAACAAAAAAUUCAUCUCAGUGGCAAAAUAUCUUUGUCUGGGUGCUCUGAUAUACAGAAAACAGUGCAUGUUUCUCAGUGUGAACCAGGUGUUCCAGUUACUCCCUAUAGACUGAUGUGACUCACCUGUUUUCUAUGUACUUAUGCUUCUGCCAAGACUACUAGAAAGCCUUAUAAUUAUGACAUCAGGCAUAUGUGGCAUUAGCAAGGCCCAAAUUAAAUUUCUUCGGGGUGUCCUACAGGUGGCACUAUAAUUUCAUUGUGUUGAAUAGUAAAGCAGUCACCUCUGGGUGGUUCCUACAUCUCCCUGUGGACUCUGGAAUUUGCGUGCCACGGCAGAGAGAGAUCUGAGGAAAUCCUGAGUAUCCCUAGACAGCACAACUCUGUGCUGCUUUGAAGAAACAUGUCUGUAAUAUUUCAGAGUACAAAGGAAAGUUCACUUCAAAGCAUGAGACAAUCUACCUUAUUUCUAACAAUGUUUGUCACUUUGAAGAAGAUUUAACAGUGCACAUUCAGUCUAUUCUAGUCUAAUUCAAUAUGUGAAAUAGGUAAAGAACGGUGUAAAGAGCAUAAUUAAAAUUUAGUUUUUUAUGCCACUGUUAAUUGUUGAUUUGUUCUAUGAGUCUAUAUACGCAUGACUGAAACUACUGAAUGCAUAGGCCAGAAAAAUACCCAAAGCCACAGGUCCUCAUUAUUUUCUUUGUCUCCUAGGACUAAUUAAAAUGUAACUUACUGAAGCACCUGCCCCCUAUUUUUUCGGUAGGGCUGUUCAUUUUGAUUUCUCAGUGCAUCAGGUACUCAAAAAGGAAAAAUGGGAAAUAAAAAUAGUUGGUGCAAAACUGUUAGAAGCAUGUGCUCCUCUGCAGGCCUUGCUGUCAGCCCCAUCCCUAUUUGGAUGUUGUUUCCUGGGACACACCUUGUAGGUGACCCAGAAAAAAAGAACCGGUUGUGCUUCAUGCCCAUCCUUCCUUUUGUCCCAAGGGCUUCCCUCAGCAUGUCUGGGCUUGGGCUGCCCUGCGCCUUCAGCACCUCUGGGUGCAGGGUUCUUCCCUGAAGGACCCCUGAGAGAGCGAGGCUGAAGGGGCACCUGAAGAAUGGGUCAGCAACUGAGACUGUGCUGAGACUUGCACAGAGGGAUUUCUUACAGAGAACCUAUCCCAUGCUCUCCUGUCUCCCAUAAUGCACUCAGAGCCUUUUUUCAGAUGUAUUUGAUUCUAAGUUUUUAACCAAUUUCUAUUUGUGAAACAAAAUGUUUAAAACUAGUUAUCUGAAAAUAUUUCUUAUUUUUCCAUUCCAUGCUCAAUUUUAUUUCUACCUCGCUUGGUUCCAGUGUUAAUUGCUCUGAUAGGCAUGGCUUUUAGCACUUACUUUGAUGCCUGGCUUGUGGUUUGCAUAGUCAUGACUUGUAAAAGACACACCAGUUUCCUCUUGGGCAACUUCAGCUUUGCAGCCAAUUCCUGUAAGAGUUUCCUCUCUGCUUCGUGAGGGAUGGGAGUUGACGGGACAAGUGUGGCUCUUCGUCAGAAUUCCCUGUUGCUUUCUCUCUAAACUUUGAAACCGUUCAUGGAAGCUGAUGGGAAUGCCCCUGUUCCCUUGCGUCAGAAGGCAAAAAAGAAAAGUCAAGGGUUCUUUAUAAUGAGUCGACGGAGGAUAUCGUGUAAAGAACUGGGGCAAGCUGAUUGCCAAGGAUGGCUCUACAAAAAGAAGGAAAAAGGAGCUUUCAUUGGUAACAAAUGGAAAAAGUUCUGGUGUGUCCUGAAGGAGUCAUCGCUGUAUUGGUACAGCAGUCAACUGGCUGAAAAAGCAGAAGGUUUUAUCAGACUUCCAGACUUCAGUGUGGACAGAGCAACGGAGUGCAAAAAAAAGCAUGCUAUUAAGAUCAGCCACCCACAGAUCAAGACAUUUUAUUUUGCAGCAGAAAAUGUUCUGGAAAUGAACACGUGGCUAAGCAAGCUGGGGAUUGCUGUAGAUCCUCAGGCACCCAAUGGGAAGAGCGAAGAAGAAUGCUAUAGUGAAAGUGAACAUGAUGACCCAGAAAUAACAGACACACUGCCUCCCUCAUACAUGGCCCAGCCACCACCUCCUCAGAUGCAGGAUCAACAGAAAUCCUCUUUGACAUCAACUCUGUCAAGUGAAGCAUCUUGUUCUCUUUCCUCUCCCGAAAGCACUUUCAAUUCCCAAGAAUCAUCAUCUUCCUUAACGUCCAAAGUGGUUUACUCUGAGAGGCAGUCUCUGCUUGACUUCGUUAACAGCUCUGCCAUGGAAGAGAGUGAUCAGCCUUUAACUUUCUGUGUACAGAUUCAAUCUGAUGAGCAGCCAGAAGUAGACUGUGGAGAAAAAGCAGAAAGUCAGAUCUGUCCUGGUGGUGGACCCGAAAACACUUUCUUAGGUCUGGAUACACACUGCCUAACUGUGCCAGAUGCAGCAGGACAGAUAUCACUCGCCAAAGAUCAUGAAAAAUGUGAUGAUGAUGAAAUGGAGAGACUUUACAAGUCAUUAGAACAAGCAAGUCUGUCUCCCAUUGGUGAUCGUCGGUUGUCAACCAAGAAGGAGCUUAGGAAGUCGUUUAUCAAACGCAGCAAAAACCCCUCCAUUAAUGAGAAACUCCACAAAAUUCGAAUGCUGAACAGCACACUAAAGUGUAAGGAACAUGACUUGGCUACAAUUAACCAGUUGUUAGAGGACCCAAAGUUGACGGCGAUGAAAUACAGAGAGUGGAGGAACACAAACAUCAUGCUAGUUCAAGACAUCUAUCAGCAACAGGAGGUCCAGGAUGUGUCUACAGAGAACAGCGAGGAGCAAGAGACAACUGCACUGCCUGUCACUGAAAGUGCUAUAUGAAGCCAUGGAUUGACAGUAGACUGCAAGAUUUUUUUUCCCCAAGAGUCUUCACACACAGACACUUUAAACUGCUGCAUUGUGAGGUUGGUUUUUUUUGUCAAGUGUUCUUCACAAGUUAAACAGCCCCUUCUCCAAAACUUUAUUUCCUUUUGUAAAUUCCUCUAAAUCAAAAAAAGGGAUGCCUGAAUUUGGGUUAAGACGAAUAUUUCAUGAAGAAGUGAACAAAUAUUUUUCCAUACUGGGAGAAGUAAGUGGCAUAUGUGCAAUUCCUGGAAAUCACAGUGAUGUAUAAUAUGGACUGUAGAAUUGUCAGAUCCUUGGGGUUUUGUUAAUCAUUGAACUUACUGAUAAAAGAAGCUACAACAAUGCCAACAGUAUGUAGUCUUCUAUCUACCUUUUGACCCUGUAUGGUAACUCAAAAUUUAUAAAUUUUUUUCCAUCUCUACGUUCAUUCACUUUGACUGCUCUACCAGUCUAAACCAAGACAAAUUGAGUAGAAAUUAUGCAUAAAUUUUUACUACACACCACUGUCAGGCACCCAGUUUUGUUAUGCCUCAUGUUGUAUGACAUUGACAUUUAUUUAUGGACCAGACCAAAGUACUGCCAUUCUUCAAGAACAGAAGAUCUCUCUGUGUUUGGUAACAUGUAAAUAGCUCUUCAGUGAGGUAAAUAAUACCUCAAAACAUAUUUCAACUUCUCUUAUGGAUUUGGCAGAACUUCCUGGAUGGUUACUUGCUUCUUUCAUAUUUUAAAGAAGCAUGAGUAGGUAGGGUACAAGUUCAUUCCAAACUCUCAAAUCAAGCAAGACGAUCAAGUCUGCAAGGCAGAAGCUAAAAACUUAAAUUUCUGAUGUGGAACUGAAAACAUAAAGCAUAGCUGCAAAUGUUUUUGUAAAUAUAUGUCAUUUUAUGGCUUAUAUGAAUGUGACUAUGUACUGUAUAUAUGUUUUAUUUAUAUAUUUAUAUAUGCUGAAUUUCCUAAUGUUGAUAGGAUCACGUGGACCAGACUCACUUAGGUGAGAGUGCUUGCAUGUUGACUUGAAAUGCCUCUUUGUUCCAGUAUGAAUCACUGUAAGGGCUCUUGAAUGGAGAGUACCUUGAUACUUCUACUGUAACUGCUUAUUCUGUUUUCAACCUAGCUUUGUGAUUCAGAUGAAGAAAAUCCGUGUAUUUUAAGGCAGGAGUUUGUUUUUUGCCUUUCCAUAUUCAGCAUUAAUGCAAGUAGGAGGAACUUUUCAGAGUUUUGAAAAGCAAGAAUUAACCCAUGAUAGUCCAAUUGAUGCCACUACAAGUACUGUGGGAAUCUGCUCUUCUGUUUGCUAUCUUGUGAAGAUACUGUCAUUAGUUUUUAACGGGGUUUAUUUUUUAAAGCAAAAUACAGCAUAUUCACCUGUUCUUAUCAGAGAUAUAUUUUAUUGGUUUCUUGAUCAAGAAAACAAAUAGUAGUAACAUGAAAUAUUUUCUGCCUACUUAGCAGUACUUCCAAUUGUUGAUAUUGCAGUGUUAACAGUCAGCAGAUUUCCUCUAUACAGACAUUACUGGAGAAGGGUUGAGCAGAUGGUAGCUGGUUGAAUGCAGAGCUGCACUCAGGAUUGCAUCAUUGCCUCAAUUAUAAAUAGUUUUAGGAGUAUGAGAGUCAGGAACAAUGCUGGCAUAGGACUUAAUAACUGGAGUUAGUUAGUUUGCUGGUGGGGAUCAGAAGUUAGAUGAUACCUGGAAGCGGGUAGCAAUGACUAAAUGGGGGAGCAGGUAAAAACCUGAGGUUGUUCAAAAGCUAAUAUUACUAGGAAACCAUCGUAUAAGUGAUGAUUUCUGACUGUGCAGAAGCAAGGCAUGUAAAUACAAUUUCUCUUCAAAAGCAUCUUCAAUAGUUAGAUCUUAAGAACAAACACAUGCUUAACUGUUCUGUUGAACUACACUGGACUAGUCAGUGCCCUGCAGUUCUGCAUAAAGUCCUAGCCAACUCCAUUUGCUGGAGUAGGUUUGAAUCACACUAUGGAAAGAAGUAGGGAGCCUAUACCAUGUUUUUCACACAGUUUAUACCAUGAUAAGCAAAACAGGUUUCAUAAAUGCAGAGACAAAUGUCCUCAGACUUCCUGAAUUCUGCUAUUUGUUUUCAUUAGAUAAAAUAGCCUAAAAUAAUUUUAAAUUACUCUCUUUCCAAUGGUCAGUAGGUAAUUAUUGUUGAGCUAUUGAGUUUUUGGAAAUCUCAGGAUGGGUUAUAUCACCCUCUUAGAAAAGAGCAGAACAUUAUUGAUCAGGGUUAAUUCUAAUUGAGAUAUUAUUUUAGAGAAUUCCUAUGUGUUCAAGAAAAAUAUAUGUUUUUUUUAUGCAAGUGCAGUAUUCUCUCCAUUCUCUUCAGCUGCUUUUUAGACACCAAACAAAUGGAAAGCAUGAGAAAUAAGAAGUGAAAAUGUUAAUAAAAUGGGAUUAAUUUUCUAGCAUUAUUAAUUAACGCAACAUUUUUCACCUGGAUUCAUCAAUCAGUUCAUCCAUUCAGCAAUGUGAGAGACACAGAUGGAGAAGUACAAUGCGUGGGACAAUGGCUGCAACUGGUGGAUGUGACGGGGAGCCAUUGUCAGCAGGAGAAGCUUGGACAACUGUUUGCUCUGCUCAGUCAUACUUAGGAUAACUGGUACCUGAGCAUAAAUUCUGUUUGUCUUAGUUUGGAAGGACUGCAUUACUGCAUCAUACUGUGGAGAGGUGUUAAGACUGUCUCUGGUAGCUUUUCUGGAAAACAAAUCUCUCUGUUUUGGGGCUGUAGAUCUCAUGAGCUACCAGAGUGAGUUGAGAUCACGUUUCUUUGCCUAAGAUAGGAAAAGUGUCAUGCUGGGUUUGAGAGCUGUUUCUGCAUAUAGUUCUGAUGAUUUACUCAAUACUGGGUUCCAGUGGAAACAGGAAUAAAUUAUGUAAUACAA